AAAAUCAGAUUAGGGUCACCGCACAGCCGCUCAUUUCCCCCUUCCCCCACGUUCUAGGGUUCGGACCUCCACCGCCGCCAGCCAAAUCGCCGCCAUCCACUGCGCCGGCGACUCCUCCCGACGCAAACCACACAGCAGCCGCCUCCUCCCGCCGCCAUCCACACCAGAUCCAGACACGCCACCGCCGGUCGUCGCCAGGCACGCCGCCUCCGCCUCCUUCUCACCGCCGCUUCGUCCCGCUGCCAUCCACCGCGGCCAGCGCCAGCGCCAACUCUGGUUUCUCUUCACGCAGAAAUCCUUUUUCUUGGAGGAAAGGGGCGGCGAAUUCGAACCCUCCACACCACCGGCGAUGGCUGUCGCCGGCCUGCUACUCCGACCUCCUCCCUGCUUUAUCUUCAUCGCCGCGUCUUCCCCAUCUCCUUCCUCACGGCAGAGUAGUAGGAGCCUCAUGCUCCCUCACCCGAUGACCCUACCCUUCGUCUCCGGCUGCUCCUACCGCCGCCGCCGCACGGAGAGCAAAAGAAGAAGUCGCAGCACCGGUGUUUACGCUUCUUUGUUUGGAGUUGGAGCUCCGGAAGCUCUGGUCAUUGGAGUGGUUGCUCUGUUAGUCUUUGGCCCCAAAGGAUUAGCAGAGGUAGCCAGGAAUUUGGGCAAGACUUUGCGUGCUUUCCAGCCAACAAUUAGAGAGCUGCAGGAUGUUUCAAGGGAGUUCAAGAGCACUCUUGAACGGGAAAUUGGACUUGAUGAGGUUCCCCCAUCGACAAAUUACAGGCCUACAACCAUGAAUAAUAGUCAGCAACCUGCUAUCAACACAAGCUCUGAUGAUAAGCCUGAGGUUGCGCCUUACACCAGCGAAGAACUCAUGAAAGUAACUGAAGAACAGCUAGCUGCGUCUGCAGCUGCUGCUUGGAAUACUCAAGAACCUCCUCCAUCACAGCAGAAAGAAGCAGCGGAUACUUCUGAGAGUAAUGGCGGUGCUUCGUCAGGAGGGAAUGAUGGCGCUGGUGCUGCAACGAGUGAGCCCAGUCCUAACAAUUCUGAGAAGACGAAAACCGAGGGAUGAAGCAUAGCGAUGUACUUAAGACUGACACACGAACACGCUCUGGGGAACACUUUUGAAGUUUUGAUUUAAUCUGUUGAGCCGGGUGCCUGGGUGAGGCAGAGGGGCUGAUUUGAGGCUACUAGGCUUGGUCAGCUGUGUUGUGUUGCUGUGUAAUGUAGAAUGGAUAUUAGUAAUUAGUUGUCUGUCUGUACCGAUCAACUGUCAUUAGUGUGUACGUGUUUGAUCCGCUUGUAAGAGUAUCUUGGAAUGGUCAGCUCAGUUAUACGUAAAUUUUAUUAUUUAAAUUUUAA